AAACAACCCAAAAAAAAGUGGGCUCACGCGAUUUUGUUUUGGGUCACCGGUUGUACUGCACGAGGCCGCGUCAGAUUGGAGAAUAUCAACUGCUGUGUGCACCUUUCGCCAAGUGGCAUUGUUUUUGCAAACGAAACGCUGGCAGCGACAUCUAUUCCCAUGAUGCGCUGACAGGCGCUGCUGGCAUUGCAAGGCGCGCGCGCACGCAUGAGUGCGCGGACCCGUCGCAAGCGCACGACGCAGCCGCAGCGCGCCGCUCACACACGUUUAUGUGCGCACGCGUUGCAACGACGCGCGCCGCGCGACCCGCCGCCGCGCAGGUACCACCAUGGCCGCCUUCCAAGCCGACGACGGCUACGAAGAACCGCACGUCAUCGCCGAGAUCGGCUGCAACCACAUGGGCCAGUUCGAGAUCGCCAAGGAGCUCCUCACGCUCGCGAAGAACGCCGGCGCGACCGUGGGCAAGUUCCAGAAGCGCUGCCCCAAGGAGCUGCUGACGGAGGAGCAGUACAACGCGCAGCACCCGAACCCCCACAACUCGUACGGCGACACGUACGGCGCGCACCGCGAAUUUCUAGAGUUGGACGUCGAGCAGCAUAGACUACUCCAGAAGCACUGCGAGGAGAUCGGGUUGCUGUACUCUUGUUCGGUCUGGGACACGACGUCGGCGAAAGAAAUCGCUUCCUUAAAUCCGCCGUUGAUCAAAGUCGGCUCGCCGUCGAACCAACACUGGGAGAUGCAGAAAGUGCUCAGAGACGAGUACAGCGGCAUGGUCCACAUCUCGACGGGCAUGACGACGAAGGACGAAGUGGAGAAGAUCGUGAGCUUCUGGGAGCAGGGUAAAGGCAACGCGAAGGAACGCGUCAUCCUCUACAACUGCACCAGCGGCUACCCCGUGCCCUUCCAGGACGUGUGCAUGCUGGAGCUGAAGUUGCUGCGGGAGCGCUUCGCGGGACGGGUCCGCGGCUUCGGGUUCUCGGGCCACCAUCUCGGGAUCUCCGUGGACAUCGCCGCGUACGCGUUGGGCGCCACGUGGAACGAGCGCCACUUCACCAAGGACCGGACCUGGAAGGGCACCGAUCAUGCGGCCUCGCUCGAGCCGGCCGGUCUCAGCAAGCUAUGCCGCGACUUGAAGGCGGCGUGGCAGUGCAUGUCGUACAAGAAGACGGACAUCCUGCCGCUCGAGGCGGCGCAGCGCGCCAAGCUCAAGUGGGGCUGCUACAACCAGGACCUCGCCAAGAAGACCGCCGUCUAGAUUCCCCGUAUUUCCCCUGUGCUAACGUCUCUCUCGAGCUUUC